AUGAGCUCGUUCCGGAGUGAAAAUGAGAAGGAUAAUCUGCGCGAACAUGCUGUGGCAAUGAUGUCAGGGAACGACAAAGUCCGAAUUGCGCCCGCGGAAACUACCGGCGAAAACGAUUUCAAAUAUGAACAAUGGCCGAACGUGUGUGCAGUUGUGGUUGACAAGGGUAGCGGACGCGGUUAUGCGCAGAUAACUGGCGGUGGUGAAGAGGUGCAUGCUAUCUACACUGGCCGUGGAGAGACCGGCUAUGUCUUAGCAAACAUAUCCCCUGGUCAGUCAUGCAUGCUGUAUGGUAACCCCACCGUGUUGUACAUCUAUCCUUGUUCCUGA